UCCGCCGGUCUGAGUUCAAGCGGCCCGCCUUGCGCUCAGUUAGCAUCACGUCUGCAACAACGCCCAGCGCUCACACUUCCUAGUUUCGUUAAGGAGCUGAGCCACCCCGUUAGAGAUCCCGGCCUGUAUCCACUCAUAGUCACAGCUGCUUUGAAGAUGAGCGAAGGGGAAAUGAAACCCUCGGCUGCUGAUCAAAGCGAUCCUCAGGUUAACGAAGGCUCCGGCGACGCUGAGGGCGACUGGGAGGCUGCAAAAGCGAGAUUUGAUAGCCUGGCCUCCACGAAGAAGCUGCGGACUCCCAAGUCUCAGGAUGCCAUCACGAUCGCGGUGUCCUCUCGCUGCCUCUUUAACAUGACGGAAGAAAGAAAAAUCUACGAUGAACAGGGGCUGGAGACCUACAUGAAAUACCAGCAGGAGCACGAAGAGGAACCAUUGCGGAAGGGUCCGGCCUUCCCCUUAAUCAAGGCACUCGAAACGGUUAAUUUACGACUUCGUGAACUCUAUCCUGACAGCGAUGAAAUAUUUGAUAUAGUUCUGAUGACGAACAACCAUGCUCAAGUGGGAGUACGGCUGAUCAACAGUAUUAAUCAUUAUGGACUGUCAAUUGAAAGAUUCUGUAUGACGGGUGGGAAAAGCCCAAUUGGGUACCUGACAGCAUAUCUUACCAAUUUAUACCUAUCGGUAGAUGCAGAGAAGGUGGGAGAAGCAAUUGAAGCAGGAAUUGCAGCUGCCACCAUGUUUCAGAUGAAGAAGGAACUGAAUCUUUCAGAUAAGCAGCUGAGGGUUGCAUUUGAUGGUGAUGCUGUUCUUUUCUCUGACGAGUCAGAGAAAAUUGUAAAACUUCAUGGAUUGGAUACCUUUUUUGAGCACGAGAAGAAGUAUGAAAACAAAUCGCUUGCUAAGGGUCCACUCAAAGGAUUUUUGGAAGUAUUGGGAAAACUCCAGAAGAAAUUCCAUGCCAAAGAUUUACGUUGCGACUGCCCGAUCAGGACUUAUCUUGUCACAGCAAGAAGCGCCGCAAGUUCUGGAGCAAGGGUUUUGAAGACCCUCCGAGACUGGGGGCUGGACGUUGAUGAAGCACUCUUCCUCGCCGGGGCACCAAAGGGGCCAAUGUUAGAAAAGAUUCGCCCUCAUAUUUUCUUUGAUGAUCAAAUGUUCCACGUUAAAGGGGCACAGGCGAUGGGAACAAUUGCAGCACAUGUGCCAUACGGCAUUGGUCAAAAGUACAAUAAGAGCACUCCCAUAACUGAAAAUACAAAAAAAAGUUAAAUUAUGUAAAAAAAAUAGACAGCCAUGCUGUUUAUUCCAGGUGGAAUAAGCAAAUGCGAAAAUCCAGGGAAUGAGAAAAUUCAACUUCAUUCGGCAGAUGGGCCUUUUCUACAAAAAAGUCGCAUAUUUGUUUCUCCUUUUCCAGACUUCCCAAAAUGUAUUUCAUUUACUUAUCUUAUAUACUAUCAGGCUUGAGGGGUAGGAGAGCAUGAACAAUCAGCUUACAUUUUCAAACCACACUAGGUGUGACUUUUCCUUCAAAAUUGUUCUGUUUAAAAUAACUAUAUGGUUAUUUAUUUUAGAAUUACAUAAUAGUAAUGAUACAAGCGGACAUGUGGAUGAUAUCGAUAUUUUGAUUUGGUGUUUUGCAAUAAUUAAAACUGCAUAUUUUUACCUUA